AGAAGAAAGAUCAUAAAAAAAAAUGUCGUGCCUGUCGUCUAUUAACUUCGUUUUGCUCGGCCUCGUGGUUGUUUCCACUGGUCAAUUUGGCGUCUCUACCGUUGUAAGAGAAAGGAGGGCUUUAAACGUCCCCUUGAAUGGGGGUAUAACGCUAAAUUUUGAAGAGGGUAUGCGUGAUUUCAUUGUUAACGGAAAAGGCGUUGGUAUUCAAGGACAGACUUUGGUCGCUUUCCAAGCUACUCUUACAAAUAGUAAUAUCGGACCUAACUACGCCGAUUGCGCAAUUAAAUUCAACGACGUAGCUUUAAAUAUUGGAAACGGCUACAAUCCAAGCACCGGAAAAUUUACUGCUCCCACUGCAGGUCUUUACCAGUUUACUGCAACGUACCUUCAACGUGUUGGAUACAACUCUCACGUUAAGCUGUUAAAGAAUAAUAAUAUGAUCAGUGAAAUACAUGCAAACCACAAAACUUACGAUCAACUGACGAAAACAAUUUUUGUAGUUUUGGAAAAGGGUGACACCUUUUGGAUUGAGUUGGUUAACGGUAGUACCUAUGCAAUUCUUGGGACUGGUCGAUAUACCGAAUUCGGUGGAUUUCUCUUGUCAGCCAGUUUCCAAAAAUAAUCACAAUGACCAGAAUUAAGCGCUCACUCAGGCAUCAUGCAUGCAUGCAUGCGCAUUGUCUAAAGUGCUACUUACUAUAUCGAUCAUGUAAGAACUUUCAUAUUAUUCCAAAUUAUUUUGCAAAUUUUUAUUCACUUUGUAUGAAAAAGUAACCAAAGUGCAAAAAUUAAUUGGUUCAACAAAUCAGAUUUACAGUAAUUAUGUAU